UACGGCACCAUUUGGAGGAUCCUGUCACAUCGCAUCCCAGACCGACGGCAGAGAUCCAAUGAUGAAGCUGCUCCUGCAGUCCGGCCUCUCCAGCGCCCUCCUGUGUCUGGCUGUCGGCCUCCAGUGCUACCACUUCAAGGGUUUUCCGGAUCGUGCGCCUCAAGAACAGGUGGUGAAGACUUGUGACAGCACCCAGCAGCACUGCAACUCCUUUCUCAUCACAUAUAGUGGUUUGUUGCAUGGAGGUAUCCUAACCAAGGGAUGUUCUUCUGGAGAAUCCUGCAACCAAACCCACACAGGCUCCCUCAAAUACAUCGACACCAGCCAGACCACUCUCUGCUGUGACAACGACCUGUGUAACCGGGACUUGGCACCAGAUCUUGGGGAGCACUCCCAUACUGAGUGCUUGGCAUGCCAUGGACAGCCUUUGGCUUGUGGUGGCAGCGAUCUUCCGAGUCUGAGAUGUGGAUCCUCUCAUCAAUCUUGUGUUGAGGUCUCCAUCACUGUCGCUUUGAGCAAAGACACUUUUCACACUAUGAUGAAAAGCUGCAGUAACGCGUCCACGUGUCCCGGGCUCUCUGCAUUCAGCAAUGGGCAGAAACUGCUAUCGUAUGCCUCCCGCCAUCACUGCUGUAAUGGCAGCCAGUGCAACACCGGACACUUCACAGAUGAGGAUCCAGGAGCAGAGAACGGUUUGGAGUGUUACAGUCGCUCAAGUCCUGAAGAGUCCGGCACAAUGCGGUGCCGGGGGCAGAUGACCCAGUGUGUGGACCUAAUAGGUUCUUCUCCAGGUGAGGUGGUGAUGAGCGGCUGCGCUACUCAAGCCUUCUGUCAGUUCCUGUACCCCCAGAUCAACAUCCCGGGAUGGAAGAGCACCCUGUGCUGUGGCCAAUCACUCUGCAACCACAAGAGCAACUGAAUCAGAAAGGAGAGCAAAACGAGGCCUACACCCCGAUGCUGCAUAUUUUAAGUUCACACUUGCCGGAUUCUCUUUUUUACCCGCUGCAGUGCCGCACGUUUUAAGGGGACUGUUACGGUUAUUGCACCAUGACAAGCCUUUUACAAGUGAAGCUGAUCGUGUGAUCGGCUAUUCUCCUGGAGGUGCUGGUUCUGGCUGUACGAUUUUCCUGCAGUGGCCACUACUGGAUAAGAGUGGUAUUACACUCUGGGUAAUACAGUGGCUUGUGGCUGGCCAUAUAUUUCCUCUACAGGAGAAAAAUGGUAUUACACUCUGAUUGUAAGCAGGGAGCUUCCCUCUGUCACAUCCAUAUGCAUGGGAUAUCUUCAGGGUUUUCAUGAUGCGCAGUGGUGCGGUAUACAACACUGUUUCCAGUGCCGCAAUCCUCCCCAUUAUUCUGCUGUGUAAUGUCAUACUAUAUAACAGGUAUGGCCAACAUGCGGCUCUCCAGCUGUUGCAAAACUACAACUCCCAGCAUGCCCAGUCUGCCUACAGCUAUCAGCCUACAGCAGGGCAUGGUGGGAGUUGUAGUUUUACAACAGCUGGAGAGCUGCAGGUUGGCCAGCCCUGCUAUAUAAGAUCCCAAACAAAACCUGACAGCGGGAUUUAGCUUAGAACCAAUCUAGAACUUGGUCUGUUCCAUGAGUCACUGCCGUCACCACAGUCAGCAAAAUAAAUCCCUUUGUGUUUUAAUAAAAAGCACUGAGUGCAGCGUUUGUACGUGCG